ACCAAAGCUGCAAUGACAGAGCGCGCGUGCAGGUUGGAGCUGUAGCGCCAGUUCGUAGUAUUUUGCUUCCCUACACAAUCCGUGACUUCAGAGAAACUGAACUGAGAUGUUUCCUGCAUCUGGAAAGCUGUAAACCCUCUGUAAUCGUGUAAUAAUUGGAUAUAUUUCUAAAAAAAAAAACUAUUGUCCAAGCAGCAAUGAGCGCGUCUCUAGGGACUGGAGUGUUUGUUUUGUCCCUAACAUCCAUUCCUAUUUGCUAUUUAUUCAACUCCUUCCUUUCCAACAACAGUGCUGAAGCUUUCUUCUUUGCUGGGUGCACAUCAGUCCCCUCCCUGCUGAUUUCAGCCCGUUUCAUGCUAAAGAAGAAGGCUCCAGAGGACCCCCUUUUCUACUUGUAUGCAGUGUACGCUUUCCUCAGCGUGGUCAAUCUGAUCAUUGCAUUGGAGCAAGACAACAUCAUUGAUGGAUUUGUUACUUUUUACCUCAAAGAGGCAGAUCCACAUAUUAACACAGCACAUGGUCACAUGAUCUCCUAUUGGGAUGGCUCGGCUCAUUAUCUGAUGUAUCUGCUUAUGAUCGCUGCUAUUACUUGGGGGUAUGAGAUACACCAGCUUGUAUGUUUGAACUAUAAUGUGCUUAUCUGGAUAAUUGCAGCGUUAUAUCAUCUUCACAGGGAUAGUUACAGAGUAAUUGGUCUGUACUGGGUUGGCUCUUUUCUCAUGCAGACCAUAGUCUACAUUCUUGGAAAUGCUGUGGGUAAAUUUGGGACUCAGAUAGGUUUUUUCUUCAUUUCCCACCUGCUUUAUAUCUUUGUGUCAGUGUGGGCUUGCUUCCGCAUCUUCAGUCAACCCUCUGCUCGGGAUAUUCAGUCAACAGAUGUUCUAAGCACCGUGAGAAGAAAUUUGCGGCACAGACCUCUGGAUUUGGUGUUCGUCAUCUGCCUCCUUCUAGCGUUUAUGUUCUGUGUCUUUAGAGGCCUGAUCGCCCUCGACUGUUCUUGGAAGUUGUGUCACGAAUACACACAGAAGUAUGAACCUUACCUUAAAGAUCCCUCUGCCUAUCCCAAAGUUCAGAUGCUGGUGAGCAUGCUGUAUUCUGGACCAUACUACAUAAUAGCUUUAUAUGGGCUGUUAGUCCCUGGAUGUGAGUGGAUGCCAGACCUGUCUCUUGUACAUUCAGGAGCACUGGCACAGGUCCAAUUUUCCUAUAUUGGUGCAUCUCUUCACACUCGGACUCCGUUCUCAUACAGAGUACCUGUUAGCAGCCAGCUUGUUUUCAUGUUGGUCAAUAUACUGUACACUCUGGUGCCUCAGGCUCUUUGCUACCGGUGCUGCACCCAGCCAGAGUUCUUCCUCAGGCCUACAGCAGAAAAGAAAGACGAAUAAACGGAGAGACACGGGGGAAUACUUAUAUCAAAGAUGCCUUAAAGAAGCUUUGCUCAACUGUGAUGGGUUACAGGGAAUGGAAAAAAUGAUGACAAAGUUAGUUUUUUUGGAUGCUUUUCAUAUUGUGUCUUUAGAAAAUAUAAACUAAAACAUAGAUGUUUUUGAUCUUUGUUGUUUGUUAUAUGCUGUGCCUUUCUGAUAAAUAAAAAUCAUACCUAUUUCAA